AUGCUGUGGCGACUCUUAUCACUCUUUAUACUCUUGACCCUUCUUCACUGCAGCUCUGCUCAAUCCGAUGCUUCAUGUCUUCCCUUCUAUAACUGGACCUUGAAUUCUCAUAACCAGACGCCGUGUGAUGUAGCCUCGUCUCUUCUAGCAGUAUGCAACAAUGGACCUUUUCCCGUCAAUGCACUACCAGACGCAUCACAUUACAUUGGACCAACCUUGCAAGAUGCUAAUCCCUGCCAGUGCAAUACAGUUACCUACUCACUGAUGAGUGCUUGCGGCGCCUGCCAGGGGCGUACGUACCUAUCUUGGAGUGUCUGGUCCGCCAAUUGUGCCUCCGUGUCAAUUAGCGUAUACCCCAAGCCCAUACCCUCCGGGGUUGCUGUUCCAGGGUGGGCGUAUCUUGAUGUAAAGUCACUUGCCCGGCAAGACGCCAACCUCACGGAGUCCACAGCCAUACCAUCACCAACUUCCACCAAGGCAUUUUCGACAACUACCAAACUGUCUACGACGUCUUCGACACCUAUAUCUACUUCUCCGUCCGCGUCUGCUGUCGACAAUUCUCCGGACCCUGCUAAAGUGAAACGGGACAAUGCGAUGGGAGGUGGUAUAGUCGGUGGUUUGGCGGGCUUGAUCCUGUUGUGUGGCGGUCUCUAUUAUUAUCUUCAGAACCGUCGGCGUAUAUCCAGGAAUGGCCAACACCUCCCAUCGAGCCCAACAGAUCCCGAAAACGCAUCUUGGCACGCUGGUCAAGGCCCUUACAUGACACAAGUGAGAGAAAACCGCUCAGAAUCCAGGUCUGGCGCACCAUCUAAUACGUCUCUACCGGCCGCACAUACUACAAACGACGUCAACUCUUCUCUUGCCUCUGCCGACUCUGUACAAAUAACUCACAAAUGA